UUAUAAUUAUUGAUUCAACUCUUUUUAUUUUUAAGCUAAAACUACCUGUACUCUGAUUCUGCUGUAGAUGUAUAAAGCAAAUAGCUUUGUCAGACUGGGGGGCAUUUUACCCCACGACUACAUGAACAUUAAUGCACCUGUGGUGCAGAACGCCUCCUUGUCUACCCUACUUACUACAGGAUUAGGGUUUGUUUCUUGCAGUUAUGUGUAAUUUACAGUUAUUAAGUAUUUGUAACAAUAACUUUGUAAAAUAAAGCGUAACCGAAUAUUCUUUACACAGGGAAGCUUGUGUAAUAACACAACUGGGGUGCAACUGCCUGAAUGUGUCACUUGACGUUAUUAACAACCGUCCAAUCAGAGGACAUGUAAUAAAGGAUGGGGCAAUGUCUCUAUUUUGAUUGGUUAAGAGGUCAGGCUGGGAUGAUGGACGCACCCCGGCGAAUGCAGUCUGACAUUCAUACUCAGCAAAAUCUCCACGCGCAUCGCAUGACUGAGGAUUACAAAAGAUACGCAUCUGCUUCUUACUGUAACUGUAGAACAAUGGUAUUGUGAAAGUAUUUUUCAGUUAUCUUUAUACGCUAUUUUUUCGCUGACUGCUAAAAAGGUAACGUUAGGCCUAGAGUUUCUUGUUUAAAGUGAUAAUAAAGAGCUUGUCCAUCACCUGUUUCCGGGAAUUCUGCGAUUGAAACAUGGAUUUCGUUCUCGGCGGCGUCGCUGCGUGUGGUGCCUGCUUUUUUACAAAUCCCCUGGAAGUGGUCAAAACUCGAAUGCAAUUGCAAGGAGAGCUGAAAAGCCGAGGAACCUACCAAGUAUAUUAUAGGAAUGUGUUUCACGCCUUUUACACGAUAGGAAAAAUAGAUGGACUGGCUGGUCUUCAGAAAGGUUUAGUUCCCGGGUUGUUUUAUCAGUUUUUUAUGAAUGGGGUCCGGCUGGGGUCUUACGCCAUCAUCGAGUCCUGGGGCUACAUUCACACGGACGGAAGGGUCAGCGCUGCGAAGAGUACAGUGUCCGGGGCCAUUGCCGGUGUGGUGGGCGCUGUAAUGGGCAGCCCGAUUUACCUGGUAAAAACACAUCUCCAGAGUCAAUCCACUUCCUCUAUUGCAGUUGGACACCAGUAUAAGCACAGAGGAAUGAUGCAUGCUCUAUUGGCCAUCCACAAACAGCAUGGAAUUCUGGGUUUGUGGAGGGGUGCAAGUGCAGCAGUCCCAAGAGUCAGUGUGGGGUCAGCUGCUCAGCUCUCUACUUUCUCUGCCUCUAAAGAGCUGGUCACUGACCUACAGGUGUUCUCUGAGGGCAGCUGGUUAAUAGCUCUGAGUGCUGGCAUGAUCAGUAGUGUUGUGGUUGUAUUAGCUAUGACCCCUUUUGAUGUGGUCAGCACACGACUCUACAACCAACCCGUGGACCAUUUUGGCAAGGGCAUAUUAUAUAGAGGUUUUGUGGACUGUUUCUCUAAGACGUUAAAGAAGGAAGGCAUGACUGGUUUGUAUAAAGGUCUCGGAGCCUCCUACUUCCGCCUCGGACCUCAUACCAUCCUUUCUCUACUUUUCUGGAAUGAGCUGCGCACUUUGUACCAUAGCUACAGUUAGCAUCCUGCUAUUGCCUGCAAUGGCAAAAUAUCAAUAAUUUUCCUUAUUUGCUGAUUAAACGAGCAAUCGAGCACUAAGGUAUGAAAUACCCUUGCUAUAUUGUGAACAAAAGGGUGUUAAUAAUUAGUACAUACUAAUUAUAUUAAGGAUUUUUUUUAAUAAAACAUUAUUUUUUUAAGCAUUCACGUGGCAGCCUUCCCCUUGAAGAUAUAGUUCCUGAUAUAACAAUGUUGCUGUGCAACAAAAAAACAAUAAUGUGUGAGCUGUGCAGUGAUGUGGUAAACAGAGCCGUUAUGUGGUGGAAUAAAAAAGCUGGAAGGCUGCACUGACCAAGACUGGCCAGGACUGGAAUGAUCCUUUUUUCCAAAAAAGUAAAAAAAAAAAAAUAAUAAUAA